AUGUUUGCCCUCUGCAAAUGCGAAGAAGGCGGCCAAGAUUUGUCUCCGGUGGAGGUUGUCGUGGUCCAGCCGACUCUGCAAGAUUCUCUGGAGGUGCAAAUCAAGUCGAAGGAUGCCGAUUCAGAUUCCGAAGGCGAAGGUAGCAAGCUUGACUUGAACGAGCUGGUGGUGGCACCAGGCUCGUACAAAGUCGUCUCCGCAGCAGCCCUCCAUGAGCCGGCGCUGAGGACUGGAAGUGUUUGGUAUCUUCAAGCUCAGCCGGGCGACGAGUCCAACUUGCAGAGCGUUGCACGGGUGCAUUUGUCCAUCCACAUCAACGGCAUUGGCAUCAGGCAUGUGAACGAGUGCACCACGACCUCGUUGGCAUGGUCGCCUUUCAGCCUUGUCCAAGCCUGCCGGCUUCACAGUGCCGAGGCUGAUGAGUCCCUUCCUGGGUCACGUCUUUUCAAGAUUGUGGACUUCCACAGCUGCAAGACUCUGAUGUUUGCAGUUUCGGGUCCCGACUGUCAACAAGAGCGAGCGAAAUGGGUCGCUGCUGCUGCCCGAGCCUUGCGAUUGCUGACCGUAUCGCUAUUUCCAGUUUACAGAUUGGUCACGGAGCCGGUGCCUGGCCUGGAGUGGACGAAAACACGUCUGCUCGCCGGCUACAUGUUGCUCUUUGACCGGACCGGGCUGACAACCGUGUUUUGCGAGCUGCAUGCGCCAGUCGAGGAGACCGCAGGCUUCAUCGCCUACGAGGACCACUCCUGUACCGCUCUCGUAGCCCGAGUCGCUAUUGAUUCAAUAAGUCACAUCAGCGAGAGACUUGGAGUAGAUUGCAGCUGUUUCACCUUGAACGAUCAGAACUUUGCAGCCAGAAGUGUUGCAGAGAAGAAUUUGUGGCUGCGAGCCAUCAGCAAUGUAAAGGUAAAGCUCCGUCAUGCCAUCAUGCCGACCAGCAACCUGGAGAUGAGGCACUACCGGGCUGCCAUUGAGGAGCAGGCGACAAAGCUACCGCAUCUCGUGCUAUCAGAGGAGCUCCAAGCGCGUGGACCAUUUCUUCCAAGGUGCCCAGGAAAUGGCUGGUCAGGUUGCAAUCAGACUUCUGUCCCCGAUAGCAGCAUGGAUGUAGAGCCCGAGCCGCAGGCGGCUUUUCUGGGCGGACAGAUGGAGACCUCGAAUCCCGAGACUCCUGAGCCAAGCACUCCUUGUUGGGGCAUGCUGGUUGAUUCCUGUCAGGCAAAGCUUCUCGAGCUACGAUCCCGGACAGAUGAGGCUGCACAGAUCCUGCUGUCUGGGCAGAAAAAGGAUGCCUUCCACUAUGUGAAGAAGGGCAAUGUGGAUGCCAUCAAGACCAUCUUGGAGAACCUGGAUGACAACGUGCGCUGGCAGGACUGGCGCGACUACUGUGGGCGUACACUGCAAAGCUACGCCAGGGAGAUGAAGGCUGAUCAGGUGGCGGAGUUUUUGUCGUCAUUGGCCAGCACUGCUUCGCCCAGACCAUCAGUCCCUCGCUCUGAGAAGAGCCGCGCGUCGAGCCGACCGUCAUCGGUUGCACUUGACGAAGAGGUAUUGGGUGAUGCUGAAGAUGCUGAGGAAGAGGAGCCUUCGCACCUGGUGGCGAUGACCAACAGCAACAACUUGGAUCCUCAGGAAGACUACCAAGAGGAUUAUUUCCCGUCCAACUGGAUGGAGGAGAAGGUUUCGGCGAAGCACUCUCAUGCCCACAGGUUGGCAGAAGUGACACGGCAGGUGUCAGAAGCAACCGAGGAGGGCGAAGAGCUUGAAGAGGAGCCUUCCACUUCCCUGUCACAGGAGGAGCAAGAUGCCUUGAAGAAAGAGGCCUUCCGAAACGUGGUCCAGGACAAGAUGCAAGAGCUUGAUGAAGUGCUGGCACAGUUGCCCGUUCAGAUCUGGUCGUGCUGGGAGAACAAAGCUGGAAAGGACUUGAUAACCUUGUCACAAGAGCGAGGGUCCAGCGGAGCUUACUGCAUUCUGGCCAAAAGGCUUGGAAUCGUACAGGAGCUGAAGAAAGAUUCCUUCGAGGAACGGGAGGAUGUUUGGGUUUUCCUGCCUGGUGAGGUCCAGCCUCUCCGAGCCACCGUCUUGGAGGACACUCCCGAAGAGCAAGAUGAUGUUCUCAUCCAAUACUGGGACGGCGAUGACCCCGCUACUCGCAUCGAGAAAUGUCUCGUUCGGAAAAUAUGGAGCUGA